UUUGGCACUCUCUCAGCCAACUCUGGGAGGGUUUCCUGGACAGAGGUCGUCGUGGCAGUUGCCUUAAGACGUGCAGCCCAGGCCACAGCCACUAGUGCUCUCUGACCCAGGUCCACUGCAGGCGGCAGCAGCAGCCCCAGCCGGUGGGUGCAGCAGCAUGGAGCUUUGGGGGCCCUACUUGCUCCUCUGCCUCUUCUCCCUCCUGACCCAGGUCACUGCCGAGACACCUACCUCCAAGGUCAAGAAGGCUGCAAAUGUUAAGAAAGAUGCCGUGAGCCCGAAGAUGCUUGAGGAGCUCAAGACCCAGCUGGACAGCCUGGCCCAGGAGGUGGCCCUGUUGAAAGAGCAGCAGGCCCUGCAGACGGUCUGCCUGAAGGGUAUCAAGGUGCACAUGAAGUGCUUUCUGGCCUUCGUCCAGGCGAAGACCUUCCACGAGGCGAGCGAGGACUGCAUCUCGCGAGGGGGCACCCUGGGCACCCCGCAUACGGGCUCCGAGAAUGACGCCCUGUACGAGUACCUGAGCCAGAGUGUGGGCAGCGAGGCCGAGGUCUGGCUGGGCUUCAACGACAUGGCGGCCGAAGGCACCUGGGUGGACAUGACUGGCAGCCAUAUCACCUACAAGAACUGGGAGACAGAGAUCACCGCACAGCCCGACGGCGGCAAGGUCGAGAACUGCGCUGCCCUGGCCGGUGCGGCCAACGGCAAGUGGUUCGACAAGCGCUGCCGAGACAACCUGCCCUACGUCUGCCAGUUCGCCAUCGUCUAGCGGGCCGAGAGGGGCGGGGUCGGGGGCAGAAUCCGGGGGUGGGGCGAGGGGAGGGUGGGAUCGUGAGCCCCGGAAGAGGGGCCGUGGGACCUUCCCACCCCGCAUCCCUGCCCCCGCGCGCUGGGGACCUCCUCUUGCAAAUAAAUUGGGUGCAGCUUGGCAGAGAGUGGCUGCGGUCUGUGCCGGGUCCGAGGGGUGGGGAGUCCAGGAGCCUGGCCGGGAGCCCAGGGAGAGGUCGCUUAGAAGGAGGCGAGUAGGGAGGUGGUGAAGGAUGGCGAGCUGGGUGCAGAGGAGGGGGAGGAGGAAAAGAAGGGGGGGUGAACGAGGGAACCCCUGACUGCUGCUGCCUUUUUUAAAUUAAAUAACUUUAUAUUUCAUUGGAUUUCCCACUUACAGAAAAGUUGCAAGAAUUCCCGUAUACCCUUCAUCCAGAUUCCACAAAUAUUAAUGUUUUCCCAUAUUUGCUUAUCCUUCUAUUUUUUCCUGAACCGUUUGACAGUGAAAUGCAGACGUGAUGCCCCUUUACCCCUAAAUAUUUCAGUGUGUUUCCUGAAAGCAAGGACAUUUUCUCACGGAAGCAGAGUACUGUUAUCAAGGUCGGGAAAUAAACACUGUUACUAUGUUGUUAUCUAAG